AUGCCGCGCUCCUUCCUGGUGGACUCGCUGGUGCUGCGCGAAAGCGGCGCCGGCGGCGGCGACAAGAAGGCCGGCCCCGGCGGCGGCGGCGCCAGCUCCCCCGGCAGCCCGCCGCCCCCGCCGCUCUUCCCGUACGCCGUGCACCCGUCGCACCCGCUGCACGGGCUCUCGUCGGGCGGCGCCUGCCCCGCGGCUCCGGGCGCCACGUCGGCGGCGCGCAAGGCCGGCCUGCUGUGCGUGUGCCCGCUCUGCGUGGCCGCCGCCUCGCAACUGCACCCGCCGCCGCCGCCGCCCGCCCUGCCGCUCCUGAAGGCCUCCUUCCCGCCCUUCGGCUCCCAGUACUGCCCGUCGCCCCUCGCCGCCCGGCAGCCCCCCGGAGGCGCCGCCGCGCCUGCCCUCUACCAGAGCGCCUAUCCCCUGCCCGACCCGCGCCACUUCCACUGCAUCUCCGUCGACAGCACCUCCGGCCAGCUCCCCAGCAGCAAGCGGAUGCGCACGGCCUUCACCAGCACGCAACUCUUGGAGCUGGAGCGCGAGUUCGCCUCCAACAUGUACUUGUCCCGGCUGAGGCGCAUCGAGAUCGCCACCUACCUGAACCUCUCCGAGAAGCAGGUGAAGAUCUGGUUCCAGAACCGGCGCGUCAAGCACAAGAAGGAAGGCAAGAGCGGCUCCCACCGCGCCGGCGCUGGCAGCGGCCCCGGGGCGCACAGCUGCAAGUGCGCCUCCCUCUCGGCUGCGGCCAAGUGCUCCGAAGACGAUGAGGACUUGCCCAUGUCGCCCUCCUCCUCGGGCAAAGACGAGAGAGACCUGGACGUCACCCCUUGAGAGGACUCCGGCAGCCGGCGGCUCCU